UAGCCUGUGUGCAGAACAUCAAACAGGGCAGAGCCUUUAACAAAGGGCAGAGUGUGUACUUAGCAGUUAGUGCCUGCAGUUGAGUCACAAGCAAGAUUUGCCCGAGGUUAGUUCCUCACAUCCGUGUGCAGGCACUCAGGGCACGCCUUCUUCUCAUACAAGCCGUGCAGACAGAAGCCUUGUCAGGCUAGCUCCCAGGGGUGGUGCUAAAACAGACUUCAACGCCUUCGCUGCCCUGACAGCAGCGGGAUCAGCAUAAUCGCUCAGGACGAUCAGAGUUCAUAAAGAUCAGCACUAUGACUGAUGGGGACUAUGACUAUCUGAUCAAACUCCUAGCCCUGGGGGAUUCUGGGGUUGGGAAGACAACAUUCCUUUACAGAUACACGGACAACAAAUUCAACCCAAAAUUCAUCACAACAGUAGGAAUAGACUUUCGGGAAAAACGUGUGAUAUACAAUAGCAGAGGACCAAAUGGAUCUCCAGGAAAAGCCUUUAAGGUCCAUCUACAACUCUGGGACACCGCUGGGCAGGAAAGAUUUCGAAGUCUCACCACAGCAUUUUUCAGAGAUGCCAUGGGCUUUUUAUUAAUGUUUGAUCUCACCAGCCAACAGAGCUUCUUAAAUGUCAGAAACUGGAUGAGUCAACUGCAAGCCAAUGCAUAUUGUGAGAAUCCUGAUAUAGUAUUACUUGGUAACAAGGCUGACUUAUCAGAUCAGAGGGAAGUCAAUGAGAGACAAGCACGAGACCUUGCAGAUAAAUAUGGCAUACCAUACUUUGAAACAAGUGCAGCUACUGGGCAAAAUGUGGAUAAAGCUGUGGAAAUGCUCCUGGACUUGAUAAUGAAGCGCAUGGAACAAUGUGUUGACAAGACACAAGUAUCUGACACAGCCAAUGGAGGAAGCUCGGGGAAGCUAGAUUCAGCAAAGCCAGAGGAGAAAAAGUGUGCCUGCUAGACUUCACCUCUAAACUGUGAGAACCAAUACGAAUAUUUAAUCUGAAAAUGGCUGAUUUACUACUAAAUUCAAAUCUGGCCAUGCACAGAAACAAAGCUGUCUUGUUUGGGUUUUUGUUCUUCUCCAGAGAACUGAGUUUUCAGAGAGGCUUCUGUGCUGGAACUAAUAUUCCUGAUAUGGCACCAUGGAAGAUCUAAAAGAGCCCUCAUCUUUAUCUUAGUACAAUCAGGCUAGAAAAUGUAAGAGAUGUUCCCUCCUUCCUUGGAAGGAGAAAAAACUAUAGUGGGGGGAGGGGAGGGAAAUAAUUAAACUGGAUAUUGUGAUAAACUAAAAAGGGGGUACUUUGUUAGGUCUCUGUUUUAAUUGAAUCUUGCUUCUUUAUACUACUUUGUAUUUACAUCACAGACUAUAGAUCUGCUAAAGUGGAGAUAUGAGUAAAGAGAACGUUAUGUGGUGUAUUACUUGCGCAAAGGAAGCAAUGGUGUGACUGAUUAAUAAGCUAGUGUGUGAGGAGAAAGGGGUGGAGGCUGCUUUUUUUUUUUUUUUUUAAAUAAAACCAGGGAAACAUGCAACAUUAUUUAUGUUGCUAGUAAAUAAUCAAGCAGGGUUUGGAGGGGGAUAGGGAGAAGACACUCACUCACUCACUCACUCACUCAAAUUCCACCACUACAUAGAAAAGUGGCAACACUUGCUGUUUGAGGCCAGCAGAAUGCAUUUCAUGGUGUCUUGCAAAUUUCACCACAAGCAAAAGCACUCUUGCUAGUCAGAAAAAUUCAGUGUUCGACAGCAGAAAACAGGCUGUGUGCAUCAGGUAUGGCGUGCGAGGGGAAUUGUGAAAAUGGUGUCACUGUCUAUAAAAGAGUUGCAAAAAUUGUAUAGCACUUACUGAUUCUCUAAGAAGUUAUUCAGUUGUUGACUGGGAACUCACCACCUGCCAUGAUUUUGUGAUGUUGCCAGUAUGCUUUUGCUUUCAAAUGAGCACAAUUUUUGCAUAUAGAAAGUGGACCCUCCUUGUGAAAUAUUUCUGAGGUGGGGAUUUGGAAUGCCAACAUAUUAAAUGUGAUCUAACACUAGAUAAAAUGUAUUGUAUUGUGUAAGCCUAUACAAGUGGGGUGGUAUGGCAGGUAAUUAGAAGACACCACCAGUUGCAUUAAAA